CAGUGCCCCCAUCGAAACAUAUAAAACGCCCGGUCGCGCAAGAUCAAUCACCGCAACUUGGAAACCGAAACUGCUUGGGAAAUCGGGUGUCCAACGCACACGAGUGGCCAGCAGCGGCGGCGAGAAGCCCAAUCGAUCGCAGCAACAACUAUCCAUGCUUGUUCCGCGACAGCAAUUGGCAGAGGCGAUCAUGACGUACAAGAAGGCGACGGCGGCGCUGGACGAGGCGGCGAGGGCGCGGCUGCAGGGCCCGUUUCUCAGCGGCAACGCGCCGUCCGCCGGGCACGAGGGCGUCGACGUCGACGACGGCCUGGUCGAAUUGGUCCACGAGUUCUACAACGGAUACGGCGAGGAGAAGGAUGCCGGGGCCAAGGAGGCCAAGGAGCCGCGGCAGCCUCCUGCCGCGUGGGCCGACACGCUGCGUGCCGCGCUGGCAGAUGCGGCGGCCGACGUGGCGGCGGCGAGGAUCCGCGACGAGGCCGAGCGUGCUGUCUUGGAUGCAGCUUCAGGGCCGAACGUCGCGGCCGGCGGCGAUGGGGUCAGGAAGCGCGUCGCCGACCGUCUCCGUGCGAGAGGGUUCGAUGCCGGCAUCUGCAGAUCGUCGUGGGAAAGAAGCGGCAGCGUGCCGGCGGGCAGCCACGAGUACGUGGACGUGGUGCUGGAAACGGAGUUGCCGUGGGCAAUGCCCACGUCGGCUCGCUACAUCGUGGAGGUGAACAUCGCCGCCGAGUUCGAGACGGCGAGGCCCAGCGCCCAGUACAGGGAGCUCCUGCGCUCGCUCCCGCCGGUGCUCGUGGCGACGCCGGAGGCUUUCAAGGAGGUGGCCGCGGCAAUGUGCGCGGGGGCGGCGGAGUCCAUCCGGGGCGCCGGCAUGCACUUGCCGCCGUGGAGGCGGGCGCGGUACGUGCAGGCCAAGUGGUCCGGCCAAUACAAGAGAUCAGUGCCCGUGCCAACCGCGGCCGUGGCCGCGCCGGCGUUGGGGGUGGCACGGCUGGAAGGAGCGAGCACCACUGGCCUCGCUGUGCCUGCUGCCACCCGGCAAAGGGUGUCGUCUCGCGGCCCGAAGCAUUGCGGCAUGGAGAUGGCCAUGGGGAGGGAAGGAUUGGUGGGCGCGAGGCCGUUGAUGUUCAGAGGAUGGUGACACAGAAGCUGAAUGGGAUGCGUCGAGCACGCGUUCAUUCAGUGUUCUGAUCAGAUGACGAGUCUGUUUUAUUUUUUGCUUGCCUGCGUAUAUUCAUGAGGCAUUUUGUAUUGUUUAUAUUUCGUUCUUUUUUGUGCGAGGAGCUUUAGAAUUCUCGCUGGCCAAUGCCUGUGGACUGUGGAAGUGUAUGUUUGAGAGGUUUAUCCGACCGAUGGAAAAUAAAUGUAAGAUACAUAUUCCAAUUCCAA